AUGGUUCGAGCGGGGUGCUGCAUGCACAAGGAUUUGAACUGUGUUAAAGGGGGGAAUACAGCGAUGAUGGCUUACUGGGAGAAAGCGGGGGUGAAAGGCCCUAUUCCACUGCCAAACCGAGAUAACGCAGCGGUUCUUCGAGACGUUGAAGGAGACGAAGAACUCACUGAAGCACAACUCCGGGCUGUUAAUGUAACAACUUGUGGUGCCGUCAAGACGACUAAUCUGGCUGGGGCGCUGUUCAAUCACAAGGACGACAAAAAGGGGCUUCAAGAUAUUCACCGGCAGUUUAUGGAGCAAAUCGUAGAGACAGGGGAGGCAACCACAUUUCCUGACACUAGCAAUACACGCUACGGAAGCCAUUGUGAAGCUGCAGCAUGGCUUAUCACAUGGCGUCAAGAAUAUCGCAAACUCCUCGAGGAGGUACGCGACAACAAGCAGAAGGCAAACUUCUCUCACCUCGAAGCAAAUCUCUAUGCAUCGCUAGAUGACAUCCCAACAUUGACAGAGCUAGCUGUCCUAACGCUCUAUGGCAACGCAAUUUCGUCUCCCUACAUGCGGAGCGUGCGCGGGUCUCCUGAUAUUAACAUCCUCGACCUUGGGCCCUUUCACGCGCAAGUGGUUCAGCAUAUCAAAGACCUUAUCAAGAAUGUUAACUUCCUACUUUACCCCGGACAUUCUGCACAAGCUACCCUCGAUGGUGCUGAAUGGGAUAAACCCCGUGCGAUAGCUGCGGUUCAAAGUUCAGCUGGUACACUCCCCCACUUGAGUGGGACACUCACUGCAUUCCUGCAGGGUGCACUGAGUGCAUGGGAGCGCUUCUCGUCUGAGUUCCAUGAGGAUGGCGAUAUUGCUUCAUUGUCUGCUAUCGAGCGCGAGAACGCAUGGAUGCCAGCAACCAACGAUGUCAAUGAAGGUGCAUUGGGAGCGAUGCGGGUCCACCAGAUCAAAAACCCGUCCGCGACAAUGCUUCAGUUCAAUGCCCUGACAACAUACAAACGGAAUGAUACUCACGCAUUCAUGCAAACAUUCACACCAAGCCAGCAUCUAUUUGUCAAGGAGAAGGCUCGUCAACUGGACUCGGCGGGGAUCGAGAAGAAAAGGCGCCGGGAGCUUGUCGAGCACAAAGCACACCUAGCAGCAGUGAACCGUCAAAGGCAGGAGAAGUCAGCCCAAACUCGCAAAAAUAAGAAGAAUCGCCUCGACGCACUGGAGUUAAUUUUGGAUGAAAGGAAGCUUGAGACGCUUACUGGUCCACAGCUGGGAGACCAAUGGGACUUACAUCGCCGGAGAAACGAGGGCCUACCAGCUAAGAGUAAUCUCGGAAACAAAGCCAAUUACUUGCUAGCAGUCAAGGAGCAAGUAAAAGCCUUGCGAGAGGGAGAUCAGCAUGAUGAUCCCUUAAGUGUACGUGCUUGA